AUGUCUUCCGAGCCCGAUCACACUCACGAUAAGAAGAGGGUUAACCUCCGGGAUGCCUCGGGCGCUGAGCACAAGGAUGAGCUCGACACCGCGACUGCCAUCCUCAAGAAGAAGAAGAAGCCCAACUCUUUGAUCGUCACUGAUGCCGUCAACGAUGAUAACUCGGUGAUUGCUUUGUCCAAUAACACCAUGGAGACCCUUCAGCUCUUCCGGGGCGAUACUGUCCUCGUGAAGGGAAAGAAGAGAAAGGAUACCGUGCUUAUUGUUUUGGCGGACGAUGAUUUGGAUGACGGCAGUGUCCGUAUCAACCGUGUUGUGCGCCACAACCUCCGAGUGAAGCACGGCGACAUCGUCACCGUCCACCCCUGUCCCGAUAUUAAAUAUGCCAAGCGCAUUGCUGUUCUUCCCAUUGCCGAUACCAUUGAGGGCCUGACCGGCUCCAUCUUUGACGUCUUCCUCGCCCCCUACUUCCGCGAGGCAUACCGACCAGUCCGACAGGGUGACCUGUUCACAGUAAGAGGUGGUAUGAGACAGGUGGAGUUCAAGGUGGUGGAGGUUGACGCUCCGGAGUUUGGUAUUGUCGCACAGGACACAGUGAUUCACUGCGAGGGUGAGCCCAUCCAGCGAGAGGACGAGGAAGGUAACCUCAAUGAAGUCGGUUACGAUGACAUUGGUGGUUGCCGGAAACAGAUGGCUCAGAUCCGCGAGUUGGUUGAGCUACCUCUCCGCCACCCUCAACUCUUCAAGUCCAUCGGUAUCAAGCCGCCCCGUGGUAUCCUUAUGUACGGUCCUCCGGGUACUGGUAAGACUCUGAUGGCUCGUGCUGUCGCCAACGAAACCGGUGCCUUCUUCUUCCUCAUCAACGGUCCCGAGAUCAUGUCCAAAAUGGCUGGUGAGUCUGAGUCGAAUCUGCGCAAGGCUUUCGAGGAGGCCGAGAAGAACUCUCCCGCUAUCAUUUUCAUUGAUGAGAUCGACUCCAUCGCUCCCAAGCGUGAGAAGACCAACGGUGAAGUCGAGCGCCGUGUCGUAUCCCAGCUUCUGACCCUGAUGGACGGCAUGAAGGCCCGCUCCAACGUUGUCGUCAUGGCUGCCACCAACCGUCCCAACUCCAUCGACCCUGCUCUCCGCCGCUUUGGUCGUUUCGAUCGUGAGGUUGAUAUCGGUAUCCCCGACCCCACUGGCCGUCUGGAGAUUAUGCAGAUCCACACCAAGAACAUGAAGCUUGGUGAGGAUGUCGACCUCGAGACUAUUGCUGCAGAGACGCACGGUUACGUCGGUUCCGAUCUGGCUUCCCUGUGCUCUGAAGCCGCCAUGCAGCAGAUUCGUGAGAAGAUGGAUCUGAUCGAUCUUGAUGAGGAUACCAUUGAUGCUGAGGUUCUUGACUCUUUGGGUGUCACCAUGGAGAACUUCCGCUAUGCCCUCGGUGUCUCCAACCCCUCUGCUCUCCGCGAGGUUGCAGUUGUUGAGGUUCCCAACGUCCGCUGGGACGACAUUGGUGGUUUGGAGGAGGUCAAGCGCGAGCUCAUCGAGAGUGUCCAGUAUCCUGUCGACCAUCCCGAGAUGUUCCAGAAGUUCGGUCUCUCGCCUUCUCGCGGUGUUCUGUUCUAUGGUCCUCCUGGUACUGGUAAGACUAUGUUGGCCAAGGCUGUCGCCAAUGAGUGUGCUGCCAACUUCAUCUCUGUCAAGGGUCCUGAGCUUCUGAGCAUGUGGUUCGGAGAGUCUGAGAGUAACAUUCGUGACAUCUUCGACAAGGCCCGUGCUGCCGCCCCUUGUGUCGUCUUCCUUGACGAGCUGGACUCCAUUGCCAAGUCCCGCGGUGGUUCCGUCGGCGAUGCGGGUGGUGCUUCCGACCGUGUUGUCAACCAGCUUCUCACGGAGAUGGACGGUAUGACCUCCAAGAAGAAUGUCUUCGUUAUCGGUGCUACCAACCGUCCCGAGCAGCUGGAUGCCGCUCUUGUCCGUCCCGGUCGUCUCGACACUCUAGUCUACGUUCCCCUGCCUGACCAGGCUUCCCGUGAGGGUAUUCUCAAGGCUCAGCUCCGCAAGACCCCUGUCGCCGGCGAUGUCGACAUCCCCUUCAUUGCCAGCAAGACCCACGGCUUCUCCGGUGCUGAUCUGGGCUUCGUGACCCAACGUGCCGUCAAGCUUGCCAUCAAGGAGGCCAUCUCCCUCGACAUUGAGCGCGUCAAGGCUCGCGAGGCUGCCGGCGAGGAUGUCACCAUGGACGACGAGGAGGACGUGGAGGACCCCGUCCCCGAGCUCACUCGUGCCCACUUCGAGGAGGCCAUGAAGUCUGCUCGCCGCUCCGUCAGUGACGUUGAGAUCCGCCGCUAUGAGGCCUUCGCUCAGAGCUUGAAGAACACCGGAGGCGGUAGUUUCUUCCGAUUCCCUUCUGCUGGGGAGGUGCAGAACAACGACACAUUCGGCGAAGCCGGCAACGACGAUAGCCUCUACGAUUAA